AUGUACCGUCCGUGCCUCACCCCUUACACGCCUGAGCCAAAGCAACUAUGGCUGACGCCAUCGUGGCUAUCCUCGCUUUGCCACUGCCAAAGCGGCUCACCUUAUGCUGUACAUAAGGCCGGACGAGCCCAGCAUAAGAACCCAACGAAAGCAUCCUCCUACUCAGCAAUACCACCUCAGCACCACCCAAGUAACAAUCGAUUCAUCAACAACAUUCAUAACAUGAUGGCAGUGAUGGAGACAAUAAAGACUAGUUCUGUCACCUGCAGUCAGAGCUCCCCUGGUCUUAUGCUUGAGAACGUCGAUGCACCUUCAGAACAACAAGUAGCCAGCACGGGCUCGCUUCCCCCACCUCCCCGCCGAUCGGUAAUGCGGAUCAUCCCCAUCCUUCAGCAACCUCCCCAACUCGAAGCGAGUGGCGCUCCUUCCUCACAUUACUUCGCAUUCGGCUCUUCGACAGUCAACGGAGUCACUCAGUUGGUCGUGCUGCGCAAGAAGCGGAGAUAUUAUGCCCCUCCCAUCGCGCAAGCCGAGUCGCAGGAGCUACACGCAGCAAACUCCUUCGUCAGCCUAGCCAUGCAAUCAUUACGGCAUCGAGUCAACACACGAACGCGGGCACCGCUAAACCUCGAGGAGGUUGAUGAGAACGCUGACGAUGAAGAUUAUUACACGUUACCAGUGCACGACCCCUCGCCACAGCCGAGGAAGAGGCGUCGAGUGGCGUGA